CAGAAAAAAAUAAAUACGUUGAGAAAGGUGAAAUCCGCGAUUACGUUAACCCUAAACUCCCGAAAAUGACCGACGAAUUGGUUGCUGUCAUAGCUAAUGCCACUAAAAACUCCCACAGUGGAGCUCUUCCAUCUGAUGCAUACUAUAAGACAGUUUUGGAACGAGAAUUUCACCGCCUGAGAAAGACAAUUAAAGAUAACCGUGGAGUUGACCGUCUUAUCCGAGAAGUUCAACAAUAUCUUGAUGACGUAUGCACAGAAUCAACAGUGGAAGUUGAACGGUUCAAAUGUCGUGCAGAAUUUCUAGAACAGUUUCUGGUUAUCGAUGGCUUAUGGUUGUGCGAUUCUGCAAGAGCUACGCAAGCCUUCUUGAACUUAGAUGUUGAUGAUGAAACACUUGGUAAGGGAAAAAGCAAAGACAGGAAUUGUAUCAGUUCUGGACAGUUUGAGCGAUUUUCCCGCUGGACGAAAACUCUUGGAACGAAUCAACCCAUUCGAGGCCUAAUGAAUGCCUCUGUUGCGAGAAGGCAAAUGCUGCCAUACUAA